UGGCCGGCACUUGCUUGGGUGGCUUCGCUCUUUCUCUCUCUCUCUCUCUCUCUCAGUCCUGUCUGUCUUGAUGUAACUCUUCCUCCUCCUCUUCGUCGUCCUCCUCCUCCUGCUCGGUCCCGGCUCCGGGGCGAUGCUUCUCCUCCCGGCGGUGCGUGGAGCGGGGCCCCCCGAGGCCAUGGCCGGCCCUUCCUCCGGGUGGUGGGGGUGGCUGGACCCCCGGGGGGGCCCGGAGCGCGGCUGCCCCUUCCCCUGCCCAAAGUGCCGCGCCGCCCUCCGCCAGCCCGUCUCGCUGCCCUGCGGACACAGCUUCUGCAAGGCCUGCCUCCUCCUCCCAGGACCAGGACCAGGACCAGAAGGGCCAGGGGGCUGCGGGGUCUGCCCCACGCGCCCACGCCCCGCACACGCCCGCCCGCUCCGCGUCAACGUGGUCCUCAGCAGCCUCCUGGCCAAGUGGGGCCUCCCCGGUGGACACAAGGAGGAGGAGGAAGAGCAGGCCCAGCAAGACCCCCGCCCAGCUCCCGACGAUUAUUUGCUAUACAGCAACCGGUCCCAGAUUGACUCCGCUUUGAAAUAUUGCAAAGAAGCCUUGCGUGAUGCAGAAACGGGCUGCAGGCUCCAGCCGUCCUGGGCAAAGAGUCACUUGCGAAAGGGACAGGCCGUGGCCAACCUUGGGGAAACUGAGGACGCUUUGCAGGAAUUCUUAUUCUUCCUUGCCUUGGAGAGUGGGAAUUGGACGGCCAAAUCGGAGGCCGAAAGGCUUCUCCUUAAUUUAUUUUCACGGAUCCCGGCCAACGCUCAAGAGAACUUGCCUGACAUCCUGCAACUGCUGUCUCACCACCCUCGAUGGAAAGGGGAUCUUUCAAAUCCAUUGGGAUCCAGCGGCUUCCUCCACAGCCUACAAUAUUUACUCAAGGGAAAGGUGGAUCAAGAUGAGAACAUCUCUGUCCAGGAAGAACAGAAAAUAACGGAAAACCUGUGGAAAUCCACCCAGAGAAGAAGCUUGGAUGAGAACGGCAGUGGCGCUUCAGCGGAGGAAUCGCACCUUCCCAUCUCCGAGAAAUGCAGGCUCCUAAAACGGAGGCAUUGUUCUGAAGACGGGCCAGAUACAGGCCCACCGAGCAAAAUACUCAAAAGGGAUGCCACUCUUGAAAAGGGAUCCGAUCCUGGGAACGGCGUUCGGGUUGAAUUCCUGGAUCCAUCGGACCUGGAGUGCUCGCUCUGCAUGAGGCUCUUCUACGAACCGGUCACCACCCCCUGCGGACACACUUUCUGCCUGAAAUGCCUCGAAAGGUGCCUGGACCACAACCCCAAGUGUCCCCUCUGCAACGAGGACCUCGCCGAGUACCUGGCAACGCGGAAACAUUGCAAGACGGUGCUGAUCGAGGAACUCAUUGCAAAGUACCUUCCGGAGGAGCUCAAGGAACGGAGGAAAGUCUAUGAAGAGGAGAUUGCAGAGUUCUCCAACUUGCACAAGAGCGUGCCCAUCUUUGUCUGCACCAUGGCCUACCCCACCGUGCCCUGCCCGCUGCACAUCUUUGAGCCCUGCUACCGCCUCAUGAUCCGGAGGUGCAUGGAGACCGGGACCAGGCAGUUCGGCAUGUGCUCCGGGGACCCUCUCAAGGGGUUUGCCGAGUUCGGCUGCCUCCUGGAGAUCCGAAACGUGGAGUUCUUUGCCGACGGGCGGUCGGUGGUCGAGAGCAUCGGCAGGAGGAGGUUCAAGGUGAUGCGGCACGGCCAGCGCGACGGCUACAACACGGCCGACAUCGAGUACAUCGAGGACCAGCCGGUGCAAGGAGAGGAGCACGCCCAGCUGACCGUCCUGCACGACUCGGUCUAUGUCCAGGCCCACGCCUGGGUCCAGUCCCUCAAGCCGGCGCUCAAGGGCCGCAUCCUCGGACACUUUGGACCCAUGCCCGCUAAGGAGGCCGACCCACAGGCCAACCCCAACGGGCCGUCCUGGUGCUGGUGGAUCCUGGCGGUGCUGCCCUUGGAGAGCCGGGCCCAGCUCCCGUUCCUGGCCAUGACCUCCCUGAAGGAGCGGCUCAACGGCAUCCGGCGCGUCUUGGCCUUCAUGUCGCGGUCGAGGUCUCGGCGGUGACGACCACGGAAGCGUCUUGUGCCGUCAAAGGGCUUGAGCAUCUCUCCAUUGCGGAGACGACGUGCCAUGCAAGAGGCC